AUGGCGGACGGCGCAGAUAUGUUCGCUCCGGAGAAGCUCCUGCGGGAGCUCGAGGAGGCGGUGUCGUGCCCUAUGUGCAAGGGGCCCUUCUGUACGCCACUAGUGCUGCGCUGCGGCCACAGCUUCUGCUCCGGCUGCAUCCGGCGCUUCAUUCAGCACGAGCAGAGCCGCGCGUGCUGCCCGCAGUGCCGGCAGGAGACCGACGAGGAGUCCUUCGUCGUCAACACGUGCCUCGCCGCCGUCGUGCGCGCCCUCGGCGCCGCACGCACCAACAUCGCAGCUGCCUGCGCCGCAGCCGCGACCACCCCCGCGCGCUCGCGCAAGCGCAAGCAGCGCCCCAGCAGCGGCGGCACCGGGUCCAGGCAGCCCGCGGACGCGCCGGAGCGCGCGCGCAAGCAACCCACGCGCGCUGCAGCACGAAACGCAGCGGACAAGGUUUACCUCGAGGUCUCUUCCGGCGACGAGGAGGCCGCGCCGUCGGGCGAGAGCGCCGGGGCCGGCCGUGGGCGCGCGUCGGAGCGCGAGAGCGGCGGCAACAGCGGCGAGGAGGAGGAGGACGAUGAAGACAGCGCGGUGAUCGUAGGUGGCGGUGGGAGCAACGCGCCUCCGCCGCCGAAGGGGUUCGUUGCGUGUCCGAUGUGCGGGAUGUCGGUGCGCGUGGGGCUGAUCAACACGCACGUCGAUACGUGCCUCGAGAAGCAGGGCGGCGGCGGCGGCGCGGGUGCGGCGCACGUCGAGCACGCGGUGGCGGCGAAGCCGCGGGCGGCGCACCGCGGGACGGCGCUGGCGAAGGUGCCGAAGCGGAACUUCGCGCUGGACAAGGAGGCGAGCUUGCGGGCGGCGCUCGGGCGGUACGGGCUGUCGACGGACGGAAAGAAGCCAGUGUUGGUGGCCAGAUACAACGAGUACCGGGUGCGGGUGCAGACGGCGAUGGACGCCGGCGCGGACAAGACGAUGGAGGAGGUGGCGGCGGAGGUGAACCGCGCGGACAAGAGCAGGGGCCGCGCCGGGCCGGGGCGCGGUUUGUUUGGCGCGGGGGGUGUUGCGGGGCCUGACGUUGCGGCGCGAAGCGCGGAGGCCGGCGCGAAGCAUGGCGGGAAGAGCAGUGGAUCCGGGAGCAAGGUGACGGCGUUCGGAGCGCUGGUGGCCCGGACGAUCGCCCGCGACAACCUGGUGUCAAUGCGAGCUCGCGUCGAGGAGGUGUGCACUGCGCAGCGUGCCGCUGGCGACGUGGCUGCGGCGGCGAAGCGCGCGUACAUGAUGGGGCGCCCCGGCGACGUCGACGGCGAGGAGUGGCUCGACCACUAUCUCACGGGGGCGCGCGAGAGUCCGGGCGAGCCCCCCGCGGCGUGGAGAGGCCGACAGAGAAGCACGGGGUCUGACUCAGGGGGGGGAGUCGUCAAGUUCGGGCCCGUCGAGGACGAGGAGGAGCUGUUCGAGGAGGGGGUCGUGCUGAGCCAGGUGACCGCGAUGGAGCGAGGGCUCUCGCAGGGAGCGAGCUGA